UAUUUUAUGUUUCCACUUCCCUCUUUGCUUCGAUGUUCCUCAUUUAUGCUCGAACAGGAACAACCAGAGCUGCGCCAUGACAGGCGCGGUGGAGUGAUUCAGAUUUAAAGAGGAGCAGGAGGACAGAUACAAUGUCCUGUCCGUCAGAGAAAGACCUCUCCUGUCCAAUCUGCUUUGACAUCUUCAGCGACCCCGUCGUGCUGUCCUGCAGCCACAGCUUCUGCAGAGCCUGUCUGCAGAGAUGGUGGUCCGAGAGGCGGAGAGACGCCUGCCCGCUCUGUAAGGAGAUCUCCUCGUUCCGCUCUCCGCCCUGCAACCUGGCCCUGAAGAACCUGUGUGAAACCUUCACCCUGGAACGGAGGAAGAACCCUCCAAAAGAGCCAGAGGAUCUCUGCAGUCUUCAUGCAGAGACGCUGAAACUUUUCUGCCUGGACCAUCAGCGGCCAGUUUGUCUCAUCUGCAGGGACGCGAAAGAUCACAGCGACCACAGAUUUAGACCCAUCGGUGAGGCGGCACAGGACUGCCGGGACGACCUCGCCAGGAUCCUGAAACCUCUGAAGAAGAAGCUGGCGCAGCUGAAGCAAGCCAAGGAAAGCUGUGAUGGAACAGCAGAGCACAUCAAGACCCAGUCCAAACACACAGAGAGGCUCAUCAGGAAUCAGUUCAACUGGCUUCACCGGCUGCUAGAGGAGGAAGAGGAGGCCAGGGUCGCCGCGCUGCGCGACGAAGAGAAACAGAAAUGUAGAGACAUGAAGGAUCGGAUUGAGGUUCUGAACAGAGCGAUACAACUUCUGUCAGACACAAUCAGAACCGCAGAGGAGGAGCUGAGGGCUGCAGACCUGAGAUUCCUGCUGAAUUACAAGGCCGCAGCAACCAGCGUUAAAUACUGCCCCCUGCUGGACGACCCGCAGACUCCCCGCGGAGCGCUGAUAGACGAGGCCAAACACCUGGGCAACCUGGCCUACAACAUCUGGACCCAGCUGAAGAAGACGGCUUCCUUCGCGCCCGUCCUCCUGGACCCGAACACGGCUCACCCAGAGCUGGUUCUGUCCGCGGAUCUGACCAGCGUCACGUUCGGGCCGAGGCAGAACCUCCCCGAGAACCCGGAGAGGUUCGACCAGCACCACUGCGUACUGGGCGCCGAGGGGUUCGCCUCCGGGACUCACGGCUGGGACGUGGAGGUCCGGCGGGUCCAGAACUGGGGCGUGGGCGUGGUCAGCGAGUCGGUCCGGAGGAAGGGCCAAAUCCGAGAUGGAUUCUGGGGGAUUUGUCUGUUCAACGGAGACGUGACGGCCGUUUCCCAUCCGGUACCGAGCAGACAUCUCCCGGUGAAGAAGCUGCGGAGGGUCAGAGUUCAGCUGGACUGGGACGGAGGGACGCUGUCCUUCUUUGAUUUAGACUCAGACAGACACAUCCACACCUUCAUCCACAGGUUCACCGAGAAGAUGUUUCCUUUCAUCGGGACCAACAACAAAUUACCUGUGAGGAUUUUACCUGUAACCAACUGGUAACGGGCUACUGGAAACCAGUAGGGCCCGAUGGGUUAAAGACGGGUGUCCAAACUUUUUGUCACGUGGAUCAAGAAAAAAAAAAGAAGAAAUAUUAGCUUCUCUUGCCCCAAUAAAUGUGAAACUUAUUUA